UGGCUCAGAUUACAAUCGAUGAUCAGAAUAUGGUUCAACUCGUUUUUCAGAAAAGUUGAAUCAAAAACUAAGUGGAGAAGUCUUAUUAUCGAAAAAAUGGAUCUGAAAGGGCGUAUAGUCAUUUAUACCAUAACAGGUUGCCCUCACUGUUUACGCGCCAAGUCCAAAUUACGAGAACUAGAACUGCCGUACACGGAUGUCAAUUUGGACAAUUUUCCACAAUGUAGAGAGCCACUCGCGGAGAGGACUGGCAAGAACACAGUUCCGCAGAUCUUUUUUAACGCAACACAUAUUGGCGGCAAUGAUGAUUUUCAAAAGCUUGUAGAGGAAAGAGAAAAUUUUGAAAAGCUUGUAGAAGAUGUGAAGAACACCACCCCUCCCCCAGAGGCUCCAGUUCCACCAGACCCCAGCACUGCUGUGGAGCAAGAUCAAGAUAAAAGUAAAAAAGAUGAAAGCAGUGGUUUUUCAUGUGAGCCUGAUGAAUAUGCAAAACUUGUUAAAGAAAUUAAGUCCAGUGAUAUUAUACAGAACCACCGUGCUGGCUUGUUUACAGUCCACAAGAAUUCUUUCAGUGGAAAUGACUUGGUAGAUUGGAUUGUAAAGGCAAAGGCUAUUGGUGGGUAAUGGUCUCCAGCAGUUUUUAUUGUUUU